AUGGCCAGGCCGGGGGCUGCGCGGCACUGCAAGGUACUGUCUUCUGGAAGGCUAACAGGAGCAGCUAAAUUAACAAACGGAAGAAAACAGUUUGGCUUAAGAAAAGGAUGUCAUUCUGAUGUGGAGUCUGGAUACUCUCUCUAUUCCACUGACUCUGAUGAUCAGGUUGAUACUAUUCAUAAUGGACUUGACCGUUGUGCAGCUUUACUGAAGAAUAUCUUACAAAAUGAGGCUACAGGAAGGGACACUAUCCAUAAACAAGCUGGGAAAACAACUUCCAUUAAAAUUACUUCCAAGCCUUUGCUAACCAAAGGAAACACUUCCACGAAGAAAGGGUUGAAAAAAAACCUUACUCCUGCCCAUGUCCGAAAAGAAAUUGAAUGUCAAAAUGCUACAUCUUUGAGUUAUCAAUUACCUACCUCCACAUCAGCUCUGUCCCUGCAGCAUUCAGCUAAUCCCUUAUCUACUCAGUCAGACGUUCCUGUACACAGUGGCAAUGAAUGUGUGCCAGAGAUGGGAAGACCUGUGGUUUGCCCAGUAGUUUCUGCUGUUCCUACUACUGCUGCGCAAAUACAGUCUGCUGCUACUUUUCCUAGCGUGAUCCCUUGUAUAGCAUCAGGUGCAUCAAGUAACUCUACAAUGCCUACACUCAUCCCAUCAUCUUCUGGCAGAGAGACAACCCCAAACCACGAGCAACAGAUAAAAGAAGUGGAUUUGAUGAGAUGCAUACGAGCUCACCUGGCUCUGUUGCAAUCACAUGAAAUGAUGAACAGCAGGACUGAACAGAAGCAUCAUCCUUGUCCAGCAAAGCAUAAUGCUUCAAGUAACAAGGAGGAGGAUACUUCUGAAGAACACAGUGAGGACAUGGUCAGUGAAGAAGAUGAAUUGAAUGUACUUGACAUAGCCCCAGUGAGAGAUGCAAGUUUUGUGAAGAAAGUUCUGAAACCUAGAAGAGAAGGCCAAGAAGAAACAGCCCAUAAAGUUAAGACUGUAAAAUAUCUUCUGGGAGAGCUCAGAGCGCUGAUAACAGAUCAAGAUGAUUUGGAAAUGUUAAGGUUGAUGAGUGAAAUAGAAGAUGGCAUAUCAGUACUCCCAGCUGUAGCGGGAAGUACGAAUGUACAAGCUGAAAUAGCGCUAGCCUUACAGCCUCUCAGAAAUGAAAAUGCCCAGCUGCGUAGGAGACUAAGAAUAUUAAACCAGCAACUUGGGGAAAGAGAAAGAAGUGAGAAGAUGUCUGGACAGAGCUGCAACUAUGAAUUAGUUUCUUUGCAGUCCUUGAAUAUGAUGCUCCAGAGUCAAUUGAAAGAAUCACUGAAAGGCCUUGAGUCACUGCAGGCUAAAAAUGAAGAACUACUUAAAAUAAUAGAAAGUCAGAAAGAAGAAAAUAAACAUCUUGCAAAAGAUAUUCAAGAUAAAGAAGAAGAAUUGCUUGAAAACAAACAGCAUUAUGACAUUCAUUCUACCAAGCUCAAGAUUGAAGUGGAAGAGGCAUUAGCAAAUGUGAAGAGCCUUCAGUUUAAGCUGGAAGCUUCAGAGAAAGAAAAUAAGAUUUUGGGCAUAACAUUACGUCAGCGUGAUGCGGAAGUUAACAGACUGCGUGAAUUAACCAGAACCUUGCAGGGCAGUAUGGCCAAGCUUCUGUCUGACCUCACAGUAGACAACAUUAGACCCAAACCUGAAAAAGGUCUCUCGAAGUCUCUUUUGGAAGACCAUGAAAAGCAGAUGCAACCUGAUCCAUUUCCUGGGAAUACUUCAGUAAUGACUUACCUUAAAAAAUUAGAAAUGGAUCAUAUUUUGACAGAUGCAGAACUUCAGUUCUCAAAUAAAAGUGGAGAAUUAGAAGUGCAAAAUCUAGCCUAUGAAAAGUUUGCUGCUGAAGGAGAUAAAAUAAACAGUACAUUCUCAGAAGAAGGAACAACAGCUCCCAGAAUACUACUAACCUCACCGAAGCAAGACGCAGAAACAGUUAGUGAUUCUGGGACUUUACUAGAUGACCAAAACAAGUUGGAUGAGACUGUUUAUAUUCCAUUGACGAGCAGCGCCUCUAAAAAGCAGCAGCCAAUCUCUGAAAGAAGUGGUGUGCUGCCCCAAAGUAGAGGGGCUUGUAAGAAGUUGGACUACUACUGUGAGCUCUCAAACUCUGUGCAGCAGAAUGGACGUAAGAUCGCAAAGGAUCCAACUGUUCUGGAUAAAUUAAGUGCUGGGUACAGUGUGAAAAAGACUAUGGAAAACACACUUGAAGUUACAGGGGAUAAAGUGAAGCUGGAAGGAGAGAAAGUCCAAGUGAGGCCAAAAGGCACUCCAAGCGGAGCUGCAAAAGACUUCACAGACAAACCAGACCAACUUCAGCCUGGUACAUACCAUCAAGUACCGAUGCUGUUUCAGAAAGACAUUGCUCAGAAAAAAGGCAAUGAAAUAGCUGAUUUUAGUUCUAUUUUAUUUGAUGAUAUGUCAGGAAAGUCUGUAUGGAGUGCAUCCUCUUUCUCAACAUUUACUUCUCGAGAUGAAGAGGACUUUAAGAAUAGCUUAGCAGCCUUGGAUGCCAACAUAGCUAGGUUACAAAGAACUCUGCAAAAUAGCAUUAUGAAACAAUGA